AUGUGAAGUUGCAAUUUUUCCUUCUCCCUGUUUACUUGGCUGAUGCAACCUGUUAUUGCUCUGUGAGCUCUCAGGUUAGAUGUUUACAUCCAUGAUUACCUAGUAAAGAGGGAUUUGAAGGCUUCUGCUCAGGCUUUUCAAGCUGAAGGAAAAGUAUCUUCGGAUCCUGUUGCUAUUGAUGCCCCGGGUGGUUUUUUGUUCGAGUGGGUGGUCGGUUUUCUGGGACAUAUUUAUUGCCAGGACUAAUGAGAAGCAGUCAGAGGUUGCCGCAUCUUAUAUUGAGACCCAAUUAAUUAAGGCAAGGGAGCAACAGCAGCAGCAACAGCAACAGUCACAGCAGCAACAACAGCAGCAGCAACACAUGCAGACGCAACAGAUUCUGUUGCAGAGGCAUCAGCAGCAACAGCAGCCACAACAACAGCAGCAGCAGCCACCACCACAACAACAGCAAAGUAGGGAUAGGGCUCAUCUCUUAAAUGGUAGUGCAAAUGGGUUAGUUGGAAACCCUGGAACUGCAAAUGCACUGGCAACAAAGAUGUAUGAAGAGAGGUUAAAAUUGCCCCUUCAGAGGGAUUCUUUUGAUGAUGCGGCAAUGAAGCAAAGAUUUGGUGAGAACAUGGGUCAACUCUUGGACUCAAAUCAUGCCUCAAUAUUGAAAUCAGCUGCAGCUACUGGCCAGCCUUCGGGGCAAGUUUUGCACGGUGCUGCUGGUGGGAUGUCUCCACAAGUUCAAGCUCGUAGCCAGCAAUUACCAGGGUCUACUAUGGAUAUUAAGAGUGAGAUUAAUCCCAUCUUAAAUCCUAGAGCUGCGGGUCCUUUAAGGAUAGUUGAUAGCAAUUCCUGGAUCAAAUCAAGGUGACAACAAUUUGACUCUGAAAGGGUGGCCACUCACAGGUUUCGAGCAACUACGCUCUGGUCUACUCCAGCAACAAAAACCUUUCAUACAGGCUCCUCAGCCUUUUCAUCAACUUCAAAUGUUGACACCACAGCAUCAGCAACAGCUUUUGCUUGCACAGCAAAAUUUGGCAUCGCCAUCUGCCAGUGAAGAAAGUAGAAGACUCAGAAUGCUUUUGAGUAAUAGGAGUAUUGAGAGAAAUAAAGCGGCUUUGAAUAAAAACUUUUUUGUGCUUGUGAGUCACAUGUACAACCUUCGUUUAGUGAAACGGAGUUACCCUCACCGAUGGUCAGAUUCUUUUUUUUUAUAAAUAUUCUAAUCGAUUUAUUGUUUUAUGACGAGU